CAUUUACAUAUAAUUGUGUUGUUUUCUCAUCAUCAUCAUCAUUAUCAUUAUCAAAUUUUGGACAAUUCUCAAUUACCGAUUAUUAUUAUUAUUAUGUUGAAAAUGUCACCAUCGAAUAGAUUUUCAUAUUCCAUGCCAUCAUCAUCAUCAUCAACAACAACAUCUAAAUGUCAGCCACUGUUAUUAUGGCCAUUCAUGACACAGUGUCAUUAUGAUCAACAACAACAACAACAAACAAUUUAUCAUCAUCAUUAUUACAAUCAACCAAACAAACGUUGUUUAUUGAUGGUUGGAUGUUUAUUAUUUUCCAUAUUACAGGCAUUGGAUCAAUCGCCCAUUUUUGUUACUGUUGCGGCAUCAUCACCGAUUGUUGAUGAUGAUACAGCAUCAGCAGUAGCAGCAGCGGAAACUGCAUUCCCUAGUCAAAAAAUUCUUGAUUCAACAACAAAAACAACGAAUGAUGCAGUAGAAAAAUCAUUAUUUGCUAUAAACAAUCAACCGAAACAACAACAACAACAAUCCAUAUUGCAACGAAUGGAUGGCCAACAAUUUAUCAAUGUAUUUGAUCGACUAAUGGAUGGCGAGCUUACAAGGAUUAUCGAACAAAUCAAAGCCAAAAACAACAAAUUCAAUUCAAUCAUACCGAACAAAUUAACAGCCAAGCAAUACAUUAGUCUCUUGGAUAAUUAUAGUUCGGGUGAGGUUAGUCGACGUAUUGAAUCAAUUUUUUCGCCUACAUCAUUAUCACCAUCGUUGUUGAAUGGUGGUAGUAAUAAACGUAAUCGUCGAUCAUCAUUCGAUUCUAUGACAGGCCUAUCGAUCGGUUAUCUCAAACGAAGAUUCGAUCCAAUGAUUGGUUCAGCAUUUGGUUCACCUUUGAAACGAGGAAUGAAUUUCGAUGAGAUGGAUCAUUCCGGUUUUGCUGGUUUUGCUAAACGUUCUGCAGUAGAUUUCGAUGAAAUGGAUCACACCGGAUUUGCUGGUUUCGCUAAACGUCGUUCGGCUGAUUUUGAUGAAAUGGAUCAUAGCGGAUUUGCUGGAUUUGCUAAAAGACGUAAUUUCGAUGAAAUUGAUCGUUCCGGUUUCACUGGAUUCGCUAAACGUUCCGUUGAUUUUGAUGAAAUUGAUCAUUCAGGUUUCGCAGGUUUUGCUAAACGUAAUCAUCGUGGUAUUGAUUUUGAUGAAAUGGAUCGUUCCGGUUUUACUAAUUCAUUUGCUAAACGUUUAAAUUUUGAUGAACUUGAUCGUAGCGGUUUCAAUGGUUUUAAAAGAUUUUAUUUCGAUCCAAUAACUGAUCAUCGAUUUUCAUUAAGUGAAUUAAACAAAGCAAUCAGACAAAUUCGACCAUUAUCUAUGAUGAAAACACAACAACAAUUAUCCAAUGUUAAACAACAACAAGGUAGCUUUAAUUAAUAAAUACAAAAUACACACCCACUUUGAAUCAAUGUGUUUUGGGGGUUGGUGUUUGUCAAUCAACAACAACAACACACACACACACACACUACAAACACCAUUUUAAUUUACAUUUAAAAAAUAUUUCUUGUUGAACACAGCAAAGCCUAAAACAACAACAAAAACAA